AAACCUGCCAAUAUACCUAUUUUUGUCCAUCAAUGGCUUUACUUACCUUGCCACAGUUCAUUCCCCGGUUGGAACCCUUCGGCGGAAGAGAGUUAUUAACCCCCGCCGAUACCUCCAAAUUACUGCUAGUCAUCACCGAACUUCUCAUUGAUCACCCUGUGGAUAUAGACCUCCUCAAGUUCUUGAGCCGGUUUCUUACCCAGCAGUCGUACGAUGAAAUCGUGGAGGAGAGAAACAUCGAACACCAAUGUGGAUAUAUAACGUGCCAGAAUACCCCCAGGCAUCAGGUUCGUCGUUUGUCGAGUAACAGUAAUGGAACCACCACCUGCAAUAAUGGCGAAACCAAAUUCCAGAUCUACAAUAGAAAACCAUCCAUCAUCUUACCCAACACAUACUUGUCGCAGUAUUGUUGUAAGGAGCAUUACCAAGCAUCAUUAUUCUACCGAAACCAACUUUCUUCGGAAGCGGUAUUCGCCCGAAAGAACAUCGUUGUAGCACCUCCGUUCCCACUCCACUACCCCGGGUCGUGGUAUGAAAAUGGAAUUACCUGCUUAGAGGAGGUGCUUGCCAAACAUCACGAGUUGAAGAACCAGGGUAAAUCACUCCUGGAAGUAGUAAGAAUGAUGAAUGGCUUGACCAUGGAAGAUGAUGAGCCUGGUCAUGAUACGUCUGAAUUGAUCAAAUUGAUUGAAGAUUUCGAGAUAGUGGAGCGGGACACUCCGUUGCCCGAAGGUGCUGAGGAUGACUCUGCUGUCCUUGACGAUGAUGAGGAUGAGGAGUUUCCUUACAAUCCUCGUAAAAUCGACGGGUAUAUCACUACCAACAAGCACUACAACGGGUAUACCGUAUGAUACAUUUGUAUAUUGAUGACUAUCUCAGACACUGUCUCAGAAACGAAUUUAACGAUAAAUUUACAUUAGAACCGGAACUUUUUGUCAAACUUCAUGCCAAUUUUGUAGCACGGAACUCCAUUCUCCUCCAUGUAGUCACCGAGUCUCUUACCGAGCCCUCUGCGUUCAUGGAGUCCCAUGCCCACUCUGCGUUUCUUGACUCUUUUAUCGUUUGUAACCAAUUGUUUGUCAGAGGAUGAUCCAUUUGACUUGGGACUUACAAGGUCAGAGUGCAUGGUCACUCUGUCAACUUCUAAGCUGUUGAUAAGCUGCUCGUACGAUCGAAUCUUCUUCUCGAAUGUCUCGUCCAUUCGGUUCUGCCAUUUGAUCUUCUCGUCGAACAAUGCGUUGAUGUACCUACCACCGUACUUCUGAUAGUGCUGAUCGCACCUCAGAGCAAAGUA